UUUCCUUUUAUUUUAUUUCCGAUUCGAUUUAUUUAUUUAAUUUUUCAUUUAGAUCGAUAUAUUGCUUCCUUCAACAACAAAUUGAUCCCGGUACCAUAUGUUAUGUGCUAUUCUUUUGCGUUUUCAGUCUUUGUCGGAGAUCAAAAGAUCUCUCUCUUUUCGUGCUCGGAUAAGAGAUAGGAGAGUUCGACACUUGGAUUCGUUUUGAAAUUAGUGUUAUUGGCAGCUAAAUCUGAAUAUUUACUGUCUUGAGUGAUGAUGAAGUUUAAAACGUAGCUUCCUUUAGAAUUUCUGUUCUUGUUUGGAACAAAAACAAAAAAAUGAUUGUAAAUUUUUUUAUAUAGAUCACUCACGUCUCCUUCAGGUUUGUGUUGACAAUCGCAUUUUCUGAUGUUUGGGGUAUUGGUUAAUUUUUUAAAUUGUGUUUUGAAUGAUAUGCUGUAGAGAAUAUAUAACAAUUAACGUUUAUGGUUUCCUUCGGGUUACAGCAAUGGCUUUCUUUGGUAGACUUGGGAAUAUACUAAGAAAUGCAGCAAAUAGGCGGAUUAGUCCAGAGUUACGUUCAUCCCCAUCUGUUUUCCAGGCUAUACGCUGUAUGUGCUCUGCUCCAAGUUCAAAGCUGUUUAUAGGAGGUGUUUCAUAUUCUACUGAUGAGCAGAGUUUGAGGGAAGCUUUUUCAAAAUAUGGUGAAGUUGUUGAUGCAAGGAUAAUUAUGGAUAGAGAAAGUGGGAGAUCCAGAGGAUUUGGCUUUAUUACUUACAAUUCAGUUGAGGAGGCUGCAAGUGCCAUUCAAGCCUUGGAUGGUCAGGAUCUUCAUGGUCGCCGGGUUAGGGUAAAUUAUGCUAAUGAUAGACCUCGUGGAUAUGGAGGCGGUUUUGGUGGUUCUUAUGGCAACACACAAUAUGGUGCUGGAGCUGGUGCUGGCUAUGCAGGUGCUUAUGGUAGCUCUCCAUAUGGUGGUGGUGGUGGUGGUGGCGGCGGCGGCUAUGGUGGGAAUGUUGGUGGAGGUUAUGGUGGUGGUGGAUAUGGUGGAGGUGGCUAUGGAUCAGGUGGCAAUUAUGGGGGCAGUGGCUCUGCCAAUGACUAUGCUGCUGACAGUGCUGGUGGGAGUGGAAUGAAUUAUGGGAAUGAUGGUAAGUUUGCAAGUGGAAACACUUACACCGAUGGAAGUAGUGGAGGCUAUGGUGGUAACGGUGGGAAUUUUGGUGAUGCUGGUGGUGUAGGCAAAUAUGAAAGCUCUGCUGGUUUCCCUAGCAGUGAUAAUUAUGGCAGUGCUGGUGGGGGUGGCAGCUAUGGUUUUCCUAGUAGUGGACAUGAUGGAAGUUCUGUGGAUGGCAGUGGUGGUACAGGUACUGGUGGAUAUGAUGGAAGUGCAGGAUCGGAAUAUGCCAGCAGCGGCCAAUUUGAUACCAAAGAAAGCAGCAAUGUGGAUGAGGAUUUGGGAGGUUUUGGUGACUCGUUGGAAGGAAAUUACAAGGACGACGAUGAUGAUACUGAUAAUUUUGCCAAAAGGGCUUGAGGAAGCUUGUAGCAAUAGCUCUUAGUUUUCUAUUGCCCGUGUGCUCUGUAGCCUAUCCCUUCCUAAAUCUCUGUGGACUUCAACCUGAUGCGCAUUUCUAUCAUGUUAUGUUGGUCAGCAAUACAUGACUGGAAAGAAAGUAAUGUCAUUUCAUCAUAAGUGUCAUUCUAUUUAAGUGUCGUUCUAUUUAAGUGUCAUUCUUUCCUACUCUCCUUAAGAGGCGGGCAUCUCAAUUUUGUGGCUUUGAGGUGAUUUAGUAUAUUGACCAAAUUGAGAUCUUUAUACAGCAUGUAAAUCAGUGACUUGUUGCAACAAUAAUCUAAGACUGAUGUUGGAAUUUACGAUGAG